GUGGAGGAUCAGGUGAAGCUGAGUGGAGAAUCAGGUGAAGCUGAGUAGAGAAUCAGUUGAAGCUGAGUGGAGAAUCAGGUGAAGCUGAGUGGAGAAUCAGUUGAAGCUGAGUGGUGGAGGACCAGGUGAAGCUGCAGGAAUGAAGCCUCACACCGGUGCUGUGUCCAUGGAUAAAACUGAAAACCACUGAGAGAAAUGUCUCACCGCGCCUGCGCACUAGGGGGCAGUAAGCAAGCACGCGAGAACCCUAUUGCGAGAACAACCCCCCUUCCCGCUAACGCGCGCACAUACUACAUGUCCCAUUAUCCUCUGCGCCGGAAGUGCCCUGUAUCCAUGACAGUGUUGUUGUUGUUAAGCGAAUCUACUCAGUGUUAUGUAAACGUAGCUAGCAUUUAGUGAUUCAUUUUCUUCCAGUAACUUCCUCGAGACUACUAAACAAAAUUGAAUAAAAUAGUUUUUAUUUCCUGAAGGCAAAAUGAAGCGAAAGAUACUGCAGCAGAGCUAGCGACAGGUUAGCUGACUAGCCGACGAGCCAUCUAUCAGGCUAACACUGCAGGCUAAGGGAGGUUAGCUAGUACAGGGAGCGCGAUAGCUGCUGAUCGGGACACGGCUCUGAUUAUCGGAAUAUCGCGAUAUCAUAGUUUAUUAUUCAGUUCUCAGUGAUGUGAAGCCGGAGAGGAUGCAGGAGCGGCGGCCGGAGGAGGAGAAGCGGCCGCGGGCAGAGCUGAUACACACCGGGAGCAGGAGGAGGAGGAGAGGAUGAUCUCCAGAUACAGCCGCAGAGCCGUGAAGCAGAACCUGCACAUUAGUGGGGUUUCACACAUUGCCCUCCAUCAACAUCCCCCACCUGAGGAGGCAGAGACAGAUUGCACACCCCAGUCAAAGGCACUACAGCAAGAUGCAUCCGCCUGUAACAGGUCGGUGUGUCCGUCAGCGGUUGCCGUGGAGACGAGCAGGGCUUGGUCUCGGAUUGACAGUUACACAGGAACAGGAGUGAGCACUGAACGCAGCUCUGUCUUCUCCUGGGCUUAUGAUGAGUUUGAUAAAGCAGCGUCUCGUCAGGUCCAGCUGCUGUUUGAGGAGAUUGAUGAGGAGCUGUAUGAGGGGAGAGGAGGAGUGCAGCAGGACGAGUGUAAACUGUGGACAUCACGAUUCCCUCAUCUACGGAUUCUUGGAAAGCAGUUGGUGUGUACCACAGAUGAAGGGUUCCAGUGGUUCUCCGUGUCAUCUCACAACAGCAGCUCGGGGACUCACAUACAGAGCACAGGCAACGAACUGUGUGUUCAGGGACACAGGGCUGCACUCUGUAUGGAGGUGACACACAAACCUGACUCCUGUGAUUCUCAUGAAGAUGAGUUAAAUAGAGGAAUAGAAGAAGAAGAAGGACUGAUGGAGGAAUACCUGGUCUUCGACUGGAGAGACAUUGAUGAGGAGUGUGUGUGUGUGAACAGGAGAACACACUUGGUGCCCCCUGUGUCUCCAUAUCGCUGCAGGAGGGAGGCUGUGCUUGACUUCCUGUUUGAUGACGUGUGGCAGGAGCUGAUUGGCUGCAUGGAGGAACUUCUGAUGAGACUGUGGGAAGGCUGUAGCUCAGAUGAGGAGAAGAGUUCGGUAUCUCUCAGUCCAGCACAUCAUCAAUCCCAUAAUCCCUCAGGGAUGAAGUCCAGCACUUCCGGUACUCUGCCACGCCUCGGCCCCCAGCCGCAGCACACUCCUAACGCCUUGCACACUCCGAGCACAAAGUCGAGGGGCUCAAAGUCGAGAUGGAAAUCCAAAAAGCAGAGAAAACCAUCUACUCCCAGUCGGGUGUGUUCAGGAUCAGCAGCAUUGCAGCAUCACACUCUGAAUGAGCUGAUUGUGGUUCACAGUCUUCCUCUGCAGCAACGACACACAACUGCACCGGAGCACACUGCACAUGACUCCGAGGAGAGGAUGAGCCUCUCUAAGCCCCGCCCUCGCUGCUCUCUGGAACAAAGCCCAUCCCCUUUACCUCGCCCUCCUCCAUCAUCACGGAGACGACCCCUCCCUCCUCGCACGCUCCUCCCACUGACCCAAUCCAGCACAUCUGGAAACAUGGAGGACAUUAUCAGAGGGACACGACUAGCCCCGGCUGGUGAACGCCUCUCCUCUUCUGUGAUGACUCUCAGCAGGAACACACUCCUCCCCCCCAUUGGCACUGCAGACAAAGAACACACACACUCUGGACAUCACACACACCUCUCUCAGCGUCACAGAGCUCCUUCCAGUCGUGCUCAUAGUGCUGUAGCAGAUGAAGCUGGCAGCCUGCUGGCCUUCUCCAGACCCAACACCACACACACCUUCAGGUCGGAUACACCUCAUCGCCGCUCUUUCACUGUUCUGGACAGCAGCAGGCCGGCAAGACCAGGCAGAGCCUCCAUGGGCACAGAUUCUUUGGGUAUUGGUGUAACAGGGAUUAGCUUGGGUAUUAGCAGCUCUUCCUUCUUGGACUCAUUUGCCACUCAUACUCUUGACCACUCCCCCAUUGAAGAUGGGGAGGAACCAGAAGGUAGAGCCCCGCCCCCAGCUCUGCUGGUUCCCGUGUCUCUCCAGUCACAUAGUAGAGGAGGCCUGAUGACUCGCAGCAACAGACCAGGACCUUAACAAACACACACAUGUGCACACACACACACCACAUACACACACACACACACACACGCACACCACACACACAGCAGUUCUCAGCAGUUCUCAGCAGACCUUUUCUACCACAUUUAUGAAUAUUGUUAUUAUUGUUCUGAUGAUUAAUAUUAUUAUUGUAGUUGUCUGAUUUUUUUUAGAGUCCUAUUUUUGUACAACUGCCAAAGACAAUAAGCCACACACACACACACACAGUGCCAUGUUGUUACUGUAGACCUUUUUGGUUCCUGUGUGAUAUAAAUGAUACUAUGACAAACACUACAGGUGACAUGACAGGGGUCACAUGACUUAUGAGCAGGCUGGGGGAUUUUUUUAUUAUACUUUUUUUAUUGGUUGUUGUCAGGACAAAAACCUUUGUGAUUAUUAAAGCCUUAGCGCUGUAAGCCAUACCCCACACACACACACACGAACACACACACACACACACACACACACACACACACACACACACACACACACACACACACACACACACACACACACACACACACACACACACACACUCACUCACUCACUCACUCACUCACUCACUCACUCUUCAAUGUUUAAAUGGGGAAAUUAAUAACCUUACACUUUAAUGAUGAAAUAAAAAAUUUUUCAGAACUUCGUUUCGGCUAGAUCAUUCACUUCUCGUUAAUUUUCCUUGUCCUUUUUUCCUCGUCCAGUGUAUUUUAUUAACUUCACCCAG